UUUGCCACAGGCAUCACCUCGCUCAUCUCCCUGGCUGUGCUCUCGUACGAGCGCUGCUGCACCAAAAGGACAGCAGAGCCUGACACCACCAACUCCAGGAAAGCUUGGACAGGCAUCAUCCUGUCCUGGACAUACUCCCUGCUCUGGACUGUUCCCCCACUUCGGUGGAGCAGCUACGGGCCAGAAGGACCAGGGAUAACCUGCUCUGUGAACUGGCACUCCCAGGAUGCCAACAACGCAUCCUACAUCAUCUGCCUUUUCAUUUUUUGCCUCGUAAUCCCUUUUGCCAUCAUUGUCUAUUCCUAUGGGAAGCUGCUCUGUGCUGUCAGACAGGUAAGGAAUGCUGUGGAGAGGGGUGAGCAUUAUCAGCAGGUCCAGCAUGGUGAGCAGAGUGCCCAGGGGCCGGGCCGGGGCCGGGAGCAGCGCAUCCUGCUGAUGGUGCUGCUGAUGGUGCUGCUGAUGGUGCUGCUGAUGGUGCUGCUGUUGGUGCUGUGCUUCCUCCUCUGCUGGCUGCCCUACGCAGCUGUGGCACUCCUGGCCACCUUUGGGCAGCCUGGCCUCAUCAUCCCUGCAGCCAGCAUCAUCCGAGCCAUCCUUGCCAAGAGCAGCACUGUCUACAGCCCCAUCAUCUACGUGUUUCUGAACAAACAGGUCAGUGAAAUGCCCUCCUUCCUUCACCUGGAUUCCAGGUAUGCAAGGAGUGAAAAAACAGACAAGGGAGAUAAAGAGAGCAUCAGUGACAUCACCCAAAUCCAUGAGAGGGAAGCUCUGAAAAAGGGCUCCAAGGAGCAAAUUUGUUUGACAAAUCUGUGCUUUUGGCAGUUGGACAACCAGCUCCCCAGAUGUGCAAAGAGCAAAUGA